UCCCCGUUUUGAACAAAACGAGCGAGGCCUGAUUCCAACUGACGUGCCAACCUCCUCCUCCUCCUCCUCCUCCUCGUUCCACUUCAGUUCAUGGCCUGAGCUCUGCUCGAUACUUCACCAAUGGAAGCCCUCCCUCGCGCCAUCAAUCUGUGCAGAUUCCAAUCCCCGACCUCUCGCACCGUCGUCACGCAACCGCGAGUCGACGCUUCCCGUCCGCUGUUUCGCGCUUCCGGCCACUCCAGCUUCCACGAUUCAUUGCUGCGAGUCCGUUUCUCGGGCUGUCCUCGCGAUUUGCGAUCUCGUCCCGUCGCCAAAGCUGGUGAUCACGACCACGACCAUCACCACCACCAUGACGAUGACGACCCCCACCGCGACCACCAUCACCACAGCCACCACGACCACCACCACCACCACGGAGGAGACGCGAAGCUGACUGGACCGCAGAGAGCGUUGGGCGAGUUCGCGAGGGCAAUUGGAUGGGUGGACUUGGCGAAUUUGUUGAGGGAGAAUCUGCAGAUGUGCUGUUGCUCGGCGGCUUUGUUUCUAGCUGCUGCUGCUUGCCCUUACUUGAUUCCGAAGCCGGUGGUGAAGCCGUUUCAGAAUUCUUUGAUGCUCCUCGCAUUUCCCCUCGUCGGAGUAUCAGCUUCCCUUGAUGCACUCACUGAUAUUGCUGCUGGAAGAGUAAACAUCCACGUGUUGAUGGCUCUUGCAGCUUUUGCAUCCACGUUCAUGGGAAACCCCUUGGAAGGAGGCUUACUUCUGGCAAUGUUUAAUCUGGCUCAUAUUGCUGAGGAGUACUUCACCAGCCAAUCAAUGAUUGACGUAAGAGAGCUGAAGGAAAAUUAUCCUGAUUUUGCGCUUGUCUUGGAUGUGGAUGAUGAGGAAUCACCUAAGUUCACUGAUUUAGCAUACAGAAGGGUUCCUGUGUAUGAUGUGGCAGUUGGCUCCUAUAUCUUGGUUGGAGCUGGAGAGUCUGUGCCUGUAGAUUGUGAAGUUCUCCAGGGUAGUGCAACCAUAACCAUUGAGCACUUGACUGGAGAAGUCAAACCAUUAGAGGCUAAAUGUGGAGAUAGGAUUCCCAGCGGUGCAAGGAACUUGGAUGGUAGAAUAGUUGUAAAGGCAACAAAAACCUGGAAAGAAUCAACACUGAGCAAAAUUGUACAGUUGACAGAAGAAGCACAACUCAAUAAGCCCAAGCUUCAAAGAUGGCUUGAUGAAUUUGGGGAGCACUAUAGCAAGGUGGUUGUAGUUCUAUCUGUUGCAGUUGCCAUCGUUGGCCCGCUCUUGUUCAAAUGGCCAUUUUUUAGCACCUCAGAUUGCCGAGGGUCAAUAUAUAGAGCAUUGGGCCUUAUGGUAGCAGCAUCGCCCUGUGCCUUAGCUGUAGCUCCGUUGGCCUAUGCUACUGCGAUUAGUUCCUGUGCAAGAAAGGGGAUAUUGCUGAAAGGUGGGCACGUCUUGGAUGCUCUAGCUUCUUGCCACACUGUAGCAUUUGAUAAAACUGGGACCUUGACAACUGGUGGGCUAAUGUUCAAAGCAGUAGAACCAAUUUAUGGUCAUGAAAAAAGAGAAGAUGAAUCAAAAAUUGUUUCUUGUUGCAAUCCAAGCUGUGAACAAGAAGCUCUUGCUGUAGCAGCUGCAAUGGAGAAGGGUACUACACAUCCUAUUGGAAGAGCUGUCGUAGAUCAUUGUGUGGGGAAGGACCUUCCUUCCAUUUCUGUAGAGAGAUUCGAGUAUUUUCCUGGUAGAGGUCUUAUUGCCACUCUGAACAAUACUGAGGCAGGAAGUGGACGUGGCAAAAAUUUGAAGGCGUCACUUGGUUCCAUCGACUUUAUAACUUCAUUUGUUAAAGCUGAAGAUGAAUCAAGGAGGAUAAAGGAGGCUGUUAGCGCAUCUUCCUAUGGAAGGGAUUUAGUUCAUGCUGCUCUUUCUGUUAAUAAAAAGAUAACACUUAUUCAUCUCGAGGAUAGACCUCGGCAAGGGGUUGCAGAAGUGGUUGCGGCAUUGAAGAAUGAAGCCAAUCUGCGUGUAAUAAUGUUGACUGGUGACCAUGAGUCAAGUGCAUGGAGAGUAGCAAAUUCUGUAGGUAUUGGUGAAGUUUAUUGCGGUCUGAAGCCUGAGGAUAAGCUUAGUUAUGUGAAAAGCAUCCCAAGAGAUACAGGGGGAGGCCUUAUUAUGGUUGGUGAGGGUAUUAAUGAUGCACCUGCUCUUGCUGCUGCUACUGUGGGCAUCGUGCUUGCUCAACGUGCUAGUGCAACUGCUGUUGCUGUUGCUGAUGUGCUGUUGCUGCGAGAUAACAUAUCGGGUGUUCCAUUCUCUAUUGCCAAGUCACGGCAUACGACAUCCCUGGUUAAGCAGAAUGUGGCUCUUGCUUUAUCUUGCAUAUUUUUGGCCUCCUUACCAUCUGUAUUUGGUUUGCUUCCCUUGUGGUUGACGGUCCUUUUGCAUGAAGGUGGUACCCUUCUUGUCUGUCUUAAUUCCAUUCGUGCCCUUAAUGACCCUACUUGGUCGUGGAGGCAGGAUUUGUCGCACCUGCUUGGUGAACUGAAAGGAAGAUUUGAGACCUGGUUGAAAUCAAACCUCGACUCCACCAUAAUCCAGGCUACGCAUUUGUGAAGUUCCUUUAACUAGUUGUUGUUUCAUUGCUCAUCAUCUACUUGUGGAUUCGAACAUGAAGGAGCACUUGCAACAUCAAAGUGUACAUCCUAUAAAAUUAGGUGAUCAGCAAAAUUAGCAGCUACUAGAGCUAGUGAGCUAGUAUCUUCUUUUUUUCUCCCUUUAUUAAUUUUAUUCUUUUUUCUGUAUUUUCAUUGUAUAGUAUGAACUGUUUGCGACUAAAAGUGAAAAGAUUCCCUUUUC